CACGCGGACUGCGUCAACGCGUGCGCGGCGUCGCCGUGCGGGACGCUCGCGGCGACGGCGAGCUCGGAUUACUCGGUGAAGCUGUUUUCGCUGGAAAAGAAGGCGUUCGAGGCGAACGUGACGAGAUUUUCAUUGCCAGUGCACUGCGUGGCGUGGAGCGCGGACGGGAAGUACGUCGCCGCGGGGGGGGAGGACGCCGAGGUGAAAGUCAUCAAGAUGGAGGACAAAACCGUCUUGCACGUGUUUCCGUGUCAGCGAAGCAAGUGCAUCAAGAGCGUGGCGUUCGAUCCGCGAGGAGAUUACUUGGCGGCAACGGAUGAGAACGGCAUGGUUGUCGUGUGGCUGUUGAAGCCCACGAGCGAGGACGAGGAGGCUGGGGAUGUAAAACUACACGCCACCGAGGCGCCGUUGGCCACGGGCGAGUCGCCGCUUUUGAACGCCGUGGCGUGGCGACCGGAUGGACAAAUCCUAGCCGUGCCGGGGCGGGAGAACGACGUGACGUUCUUCGAGCGUGGUACGUUUAAACAGAUUGAAUGGGAGCUGAAAGGGCACACCGACGCGAUUUCCCUCAUCCGUUGGUCCCCGAACGGGAAAUACUUGGUCACGGCGAGCGCGGACAAGAGUGUCAUCGUGUGGGACGUCAAGAAAAAGUUGGCGAUUGCGAAGAUGACGGACACCGAGCUCGUCUGCGGCGCCUCGUUCGACCCUACUGGUAACUCUUUGGCGCUCAUCAACGUUAACGGCGAGUGGGCGAUGUGGAACGACGUCGUUCCAUCCAAGUACUCGUCGCCCUCGGCGAAGGUUUCGCCUUCCGAGAUAGACUUUGUGAGCGCUAUCGAUGAGACGAAUGCGAGCGAUUUCGUCGACGAUGAAGCAGACGGUAUGGAUGAAGAUUUGGAUGAAGAAGAUGACUUCGUCGAAUACGACGACGACGAUGACGUCAAAGGACGCCGUCAGAGUCACGUGAAGCAGUCGGUGGUGCACGUCGAAGCCGGUCCCAAGCCGCAACCGGCGUUCCAAAGUGGAUCCGUUGCCGCGGUUCCGGGAAGCAACCGUCGGUUUUUAUCCUACACCAUGGUUGGAUCUAUUACGAGCACUGUCGAAGGAGGAUUCAACUCUGUUGAAUUCCAGUUCCACGACACGUCGCGCAUGGGACGCAUCCCUACCAUCACCGACUACAACGGGUACACGAUGGGCGUCGCGGGGGAGAAGGGAUGCGCGCUCGCGAGUCCGAUGAAGGAUUCCGAAAACGAAAGCGUGCUUUACUUUCAACAGUAUGACAACUGGGCGAACGAUGGUGAGUGGCAAGUGACGAUGCCAGCGGGAGAGGAUAUACUUUCAAUCGCCACCGGCUCGACUUGGGUCGCCGCUGUGACGUCCAAGCGUUACCUUCGCAUUUACUCUUUAGGUGGUGCGCAGCGACAAAUAAUCUCCCUCGAAGGUGACGCGGUGUCAAUUUCCGGUAGCGACGAUGCGUUGGCUGUCGUCUGGCACGAAGCGGCGCCGAUCGGACCAGCCCCAGGUAGUCAAGUUCUCGCGUACGCCGUGUACAACGUGCGAUACUCCUCGGAACUCGCGCGUGGUCGCGUUGCUUUAUCUACCCAAUCGACUUUAACGUACUUGGGCUUUUCUGAGGAAGGCAUGUUGGUUACUCGCGAUAGUGCAGGUGUCGUUCGUAUGCGCACCGACGCAUUCGGUGGCUCAUGGACGCCCGUCUUCCGUUCUUCGUCAGCGCGGGCCACGGAUGGUCAGCACCACUGGAUUGUUUCAUCUUGCGCUUCCACCUUAUAUUGCAUCAUCACAAGAACGAGCGCGGGACCGGUGCCGAACCCAAGACCUGUGCUUUCUAUGCUUCCGAUGUCUUUGCCGAUCAUCAUUCCCGAACAAUCGGUCGGUGACCUCGAAGACGAAGCCGCCCGAGCGAGCUUGGCUUUGUCCGUCGCACAAAGUGCCGGAGAAGACACUCGAUUGGCUUUGGGAGCAAACGAAAAAGCAGCCAUCAAGCUCUUUCACACCGCCUGCAAGGCGAACAAGCUCUCGCGCGCGUCAGACAUCGCGGAGACGUUCCGACAGCCGAACAGUUUGCGAGCGGUGCUCAAGCUCCCGGCGGUGGCGCGUCAACCCGAGCUCGUCGAGCGAAUCAAUGAGCUCAUCGAA